AAUAAAGAUAUUGUGCCCACCUAAAACUAAAAAAUAUGUUACAAAAAAAAAAAAAAAAGCCAGCCUCAGCAAAAGCCAGGUGCUAAGCAACUUCUGGCAAAUAAGUAAGCUGUGGGUUGUGGUAUCGGCCCUAAGAAAGGGCUGGGGAUGUGGCCCAAUCAGUGAUUGGAUGCUCCUGAGUUCAAUCCCAAGUGCUCCACCCCCCCCAAAAAAAAUUAAAAAUGGAUCACAAAUGUAAAUGUAAAACCGAAACCUAGGGGAAAAGCUUUGUGUCUGGGUUAGGCAGGAUUCUGUAGAUAUACAAAGAGUACAACCUCAGAAAAUUUCUUUGGGAUAAAUUGGACUUCAUCAAAUUAAAAUUUGCUCUUCAAAAGGAAUGGUUAAAUUCUUUUUCAUCAAAUUGGGUUUAGAGAUCAAACUGACAUCCGUUAGGGAUUCAUGAAUGGGUAGCACCCCUUCUCUGAGCUAGAUGCUGCAAUGGGCAUGGCAGAACAGUGGAGUUUUUAAGGUAUCUUGAGGAACAAGGAGGAAAUGACAUAAAGCAAGGAGAGGACUGGUUGGCAGCAGGUUGCUUUCCCUGUGUGGGUUAAAGCAAAGAGCACUUCCUUAUCAAGUUGACUCAGGUCAACUGGGUUGCUUAUGAUUGGUUGCUGUGAAUCUCCUGUUUUUUGGAAAACCAGGUUCAUUUCCAAACUCAGUUUGAUUAUGUAGCACCUAGUAUCAAUGACUCCAUUUGGGCUUGAUCUGGUCUAUUAACAUAACCCCCCCCCAUAAAUUUUAUUUAACAAACCAUUAAGAAAACAGAAAGACAAGCCACAGUUUCGUAGAAAAUAAUGUCACAGAAGACAUAUCCAUAAUAUGUAAAUUCUCAAACACUAAAUGAGAAGAUAAUAUAAUUAAAAAAUAUAAACAGAUGCUUCACAAAAGAAGAUAUUGGCAUCCUUGUCAGAAUCAAUUGACCAUAGAUGUAUAGGUUUAAUUGAGUUCUCUAGCCCAUCUGUGUGUGUGUGUGUGUUUGUGUGUGUAUAUAUGAAUGAUAUAUGCCAGUUUUAUACUGUUUUGAUUACUGUAACUUUGUAGUAAGUUUUGAAAUCAGAAGCUGUUAGCCCUCAGUCUGCAUUUUCAUUUUUCAAGAUUUUUGUGGUUAUUUGGGCUCCCUUGUAAUUCCAUAUAAAUUUUAGGAUGUUUUUCCAUUUCCUAUAACAAUAUUAUAUGUCAUCUUGACUGGGCUAAGGGACGAACAGAUGACUAGUGUACCAUUAUUUCUGGGUGUGUCUGUGAGCGUGGUUCCAGAAGAAAUUAGCAUUUGAAUUUGUAGACUGAAUAAUACAAGGUGGCCCUCACCAAAAUGGGUAGACAUCAUCCAGUCCACUGGGGUCCAAUUAGAAAAGUGAAGGAAGAGUUUAAGUGGGUACAUCCAUCCUCUGUCCUUGGACAUUGGAGCUCCUGGUUUUGGGGCCUUUGGAUAUUAGACUUAUACCAAAUGCCAUCUCUAUUCCCACCCUCACUCUCAGGCCUUUAAACUUGAAUUGACCCAUUGGCUUUCCUGGUUUUCCAGGUUGCAGAUGGUAUAUUGUGGGACUUCUUGGCCUUGAUGAUCAUAUGAGCCAAUUCCCCUAAUAAAUCUUCUCUUAAAUAGCUGUAUAUACACUAUUGAUUCUGUUUCUCUGGCAACCCUAAUACACUAUCUAAAACCCAUUGACAUUUUCAUAAGGGUUGUCUUGAAUACUUAGGGAAAUAUUGUCGUCUUGACCAUAUCAAGUCUUCAAUCUAUGAACAUGGAAUGCUUUUCUAUUUAAGUUUUCUGUCAAUUAUCUCAGCAGUGUUUUUUAGCAUGUAGUGUUGGUUAAAUUUGCUCCUGUUUCAUUCUUUCUGUACUCUGCUCAUGUGUAGAAAUACAACUGACUUUUGUGUGUUGACCUUUUUUCCUAAGACUUUGCCAAACUUUUCUUUAACCCCAACCCUAGAUUGUUGUCUUUCUUCCUUCUUUUUUUCCUCCCUUCUUCCUUUUUUUCUUUCUAGUGUGUGUGGAUUCUUUAGUUAGCUAUGACAUCCAUAAGCUUUUUGCAUACACAAGAUCUCUAUCUAUCAAUAGAGAAAAGUGAACGUGUUUUUUGUGCUUUAUUUUUUAUUUUUUUGUCGUGCUGGGGACCAGACCCAGGGCCUCACACAUGCUAAGAACAUGCUGUAUCCCUGAGCCACGCUUCCAGCCCAUUCUGUUCAAGAAACCAGUCAAGCACUUUUCCAAAAUAAUUGUACCAUUUUACAUUCCCAACAGCAGUAUAUGAGAGUUCCAGGUUCUUUCUCCACACCCUUAUAAACAGUUGGUAUUAUCUACACACUACUCAGAAAGUUAAGGGAAAAUGGACAGACCAGUGAAGUGACUUGCCAGUCACCCAUAACCACUUUCUUGGCCCAGUCAAAGCAUCGAUCCAGGACUCACCAAGGCCUCAUUUCCCAUCCGGAGAUGAGGAAGCUAAGUUCCCCAAAGGUCACCCCAGAGAACAACUCUCCAGUCUGCCAGGCUAGAGCAAACAGGGACUUCCUAUGGGGUUCUAGUCCCCUCCCAUGCCCUCCUCCCAUGUUGACUUUGCCCUGGGCAUUAUCCUUUCCCAAACUAGGGGUCCAGGAAGGCUGGAGUCUUCCCUGUGACAUCAUAAGAGCCAGUUGUCAUGGGAGACCUGCACACCCACCCCUCAGGCAGGGCAGAGCAGGGCCCUGCUGCACAAGGCCUGGCCACUCUUUCCCCACCAUACUGGCCCUCCAUGGAAGCCUUGGUCUGUGCGUUCUCUGAGCUGCGCAUAAGAGAAGGUGCUGGGCUAUGGGGAAGAGUGGCAGAUGCAGUGAGCUGGGCCCGAGGACGCCCCAGUCACCUGGAUACACCACCCAACAUCUACGAGGGGGGCCUGGGGGCCCAGCAGCAGCAGUGCCCCAGUGCCCAGGGAAACAAGCCCAAGAACUUCCGGCUGCGCCACCUCCGGAGCCUGGCUCUCUACCUGCCAGGCCAUAUGCAGCCUGCAGGCCAGUGCGAGAGUCACUGGCUGGGCCGGCUUCUGGCUGGGGGGUACCUACCACAGCCUGAGGGCUCAGCCUGGCCCUUGGACCUUCCACAGGGGACUCUGGGCCCAGGUAACAACCACUGCUCAGCCCUUCUGGAAGCCCAACUACCCAGGGACAGCCUGGGAGAUACAGCUCUGCAUGUGAUGAGGGACUUUGGACAACUCCCUGUCUUCCUGAGCCUCAGUUUGUCCAUCUGUCAAAUGAGGCAUUCAGCUUCCAGUUCCAGCAUGGACCCAGCCAAGGGUGCCCCUGCCCAGCCAGGUCCCCCUGAGGGCUUGGGGCUCAGGCCCAAGAGGUCCUGGGGAGCCUUGGAGGAGGCCAUGUGUCCCUUGUGCAAGAGAACCCGCUCUGGGGCCUUGGAGAGGCCAUAGGGAUCCUGAAUUCCAGGGCUGGGGACAGAGGGGAAGGAUAGCCAAGGAAGAGGAGGCAGGUCCAAAGAGGAAGGGCUCAGACCGCACAGUAGCCCUGCCCAAUGAGACAGCCCCACAGCUGCCCAGCACCAGAUUUGGGCCAGCUCAGGAGAGUGCAAAGGGGGAGGGAGGAAGAGGUCCUAAGGGAGGGACAGAAGAAAUAGAAGCAUGGCCCUGCCCUUGCAGCCUGCUCAAACUCCAGUCAGCCACUUGCACCUAGGAGGCCAGGCAGAGCAGAGAAUCGGGUUCCUGAGAGGCCAGGGAGCCCUCAGGUCUAAGCUCAGUAAAAGCCAAGGCCUGUA